AAUUCCUAUUAUAAUAUUGUGAUUAUGAUUAUUACAUCAUAAUUUCAGUCUCAACCUCCCAUCAAUCUAUAUUACCGAUUUCUACAAACACUCUCUUCUUUACAUUCAGUUCUAUUCUGCAAGGAUCCAUUUUUUUAGAUUCAGAAAGAAGAAGAAGAAAAAAACUCAAAAAAAGAAAAUGCUAGCAGUUUUUGAGAAAUCUGUGGCGAAGAGUCCAGAGGGUUUACAGAGUCCUGAAUCAACAAACUCUGUUUCAGCACUCAAAGAUGGUUUUUUGGGUCAACAUUUUGCCUCUCUUUACCCUUCUUCUGUAACCCUUAACCUUGCUUCUUCUGCUCUUUUAGCCUAUUCUCUUCACAAAAAUAAUCCACUACUCCCAAGGCUAUUUGCAGUUGUGGAUGACAUCUUCUGCUUGUUUCAAGGCCACAUUGAUAAUGUUGCUAAUCUUAAGCAACAAUAUGGAUUGAACAAAACAGCAAAUGAGGUGACAAUUGUCAUAGAGGCUUACAGGACACUAAGAGAUCGUGGUCCUUAUCCCGCUGAUCAAGUUGUGAGAGAUUUCCAAGGCAAAUUUGCGUUUAUCCUGUUUGACAACAGCUCUAAAGCUGCAUUUGUUGCUGCCGAUGCUGACGGGAGUGUUCCUUUCUUCUGGGGAACUGAUGCUGAUGGAAAUCUAGUUCUCUCAGACGAGACCGAGACUGUUAGUAAGAGCUGUGGCAAAUCUUAUGCACCAUUUCCUAAAGGUUGCUUCUUUACAACAUCAGGAGGUUUGAGGAGUUUUGAGCAUCCGCUAAACGAAUUGAAGCCUAUUCCGAGGGUCGAUAGCUCAGGUGAGGUGUGCGGUGCGACUUUCAAGGUGGACGCCAAUUCCAAGAAGGAAACAACUGGCAUGCCAAGAGUUGGAAGUGCUGCAAACUGGUCUUCUACUUAUUGAUUUCAACUCUAUUUAUUUUGAACUUCUAAGGCAUCAUCUGUUCCUGUUAUAUCUGGUGAGGCUGAUAUACUUUCUUGGAACAUAUGAUGUAAUAAUAUCGAAUUUCGCAGUUUUUUUAUUUUAUUUUAUUUUGUGAAAUGUUGACUAUUUGAUGUAUUUAUUUGAUCUCAUUUAAGUUUUGAGUUUGUUUAACUCCUUCUUAAAGUGUUAAUGUGAUGGAUAAUUAAACUGUAUCAAA